AUGUGGAGGAACAUUUUUGGUCGAGCUUCUCUGAGAAAGAUCAAAAUUUUCUCCGAUUCUAGCUCCGGCACUCACUUUCCGGUGAAUAGAAUCCGUGGAAUCUUUUCGUCGGUUGAUCUCGGUGGUGUUAGAAAUGGGUUAUCGAUAAACCCAAUUCACGAAUUGAGAAGAUUGAGCUCAUUUCAACACUACUCGUUUAAUGGGUUCGCUACAGCUGCACAGGCGAUAGAUUCGACUGAUCCUGAAGAUGAUUCUUCUGGGUCUGAAGAAGUUAACGAAUUGAUGUCGGAAAUGGGGAAAAAAACUGAGAGAAUACGGAAAAAGGCAAGGCUUGCAGCGAAACAACCAAAGAGAAUGGUUGCCGGAAUGGGAUAUCAGAAAUACUACAUGCUUAAGCAAAGACAAGUGAAAAUGGAGACAGAAGAAUGGGAAAGAGCAGCUAAAGAGUGUCGUCAGAUUCUAGAAGAUAUGUGUGAGCAGAAGCUUGCACCGAAUCUACCUUAUGUGAAGUCUCUGUUUCUCGGAUGGUUCGAGCCUCUUCGUAACGCGAUUCAAGCUGAUCUUGAUGUUUUCAAAGUGAAUAAAGGGAAAAUUCCUUAUGCUCCUUAUAUGGAACAGUUACCAGCUGAUAUGAUGGCUGUUAUCACUAUGCAUAAGAUUAUGGGAAUGUUGAUGACAAAUGCUGAAGGUGUUGGUACUGUUAAAGUAGUGUAUGCUGCUACUCAGAUAGGAGAAGCCAUUGAGCAGGAGGCUAGGAUCAACAGCUUUUUGCAGAGAACUACGAAGAAAAGGAAUGCAGCUCAAAAGACGAACAGUGAGGAACCAGAUGUGUAUGCUUCAGGAGAGGCUGUGACCAAAGAACUGGAAAUGAUAAGGAGACAAGUUGAUACACUGAUGAAAAAAAAGAAGGUGAGGCAAGUAAGAGGAGUAGUGAAGGCACAUGACUCAUUCAAGCCAUGGGGUCAAGAGGCUCAAGCGAAGGUUGGUGCACGUUUGAUUCAGCUAUUGAUGGAAAAUGCAUAUAUACAACCUCCUGCCGAACAGCUUGAUGACGGUGUACCUGACAUCCGACCUGCUUUUAAGCAAACUAUGAGAAAUGUCACAUUAGAACAUACAAAAUGUAGCAGGAGGUAUGGUUGCAUCGAAUGUGAUCCUCUGGUCCAAAAGGGCCUUGACAAAUCAGCUAGACAUAUGGUCAUUCCCUACUUGCCAAUGCUAAUACCUCCCCGGAACUGGAUAGGGUAUGAUCAAGGGGCACACUUUUUCUUACCUUCGUACAUCAUGAGAACUCAUGGAGCUAUGCAACAACGUAAUGUAAUAAAACGAACUCCCGAGGAGCAACUAGAGCCAGUAUUUGAGGCGUUAGAUACUCUAGGAAACACCAAAUGGAGAAUAAACAAAAAGUUGUUAAGUUUGGUGGACAGAAUCUGGGCUAAUGGAGGUCGCCUUGGUGGUCUGGUUGACCGUGAAGAUGUACCCGUUCCAGAGGAGCCCGACAGUGAAGACCAAGAAGCAGUUAAGGAAUGGAAAUGGAAAUUGAAGGAUGCAAAUAAGGAAAACAGCGAGAGACAUUCACAAAGGUGUGAUAUAGAGCUCAAACUUGAGGUGGCUCGUAAAAUGAAGGACGAGGAAGGUUUCUACUACCCUCACAACGUUGACUUUCGUGGUCGAGCAUAUCCCAUGCAUCCAUAUCUUAACCAUCUCGGGUCUGACCUCUGCCGAGGCAUCCUUGAGUUUUGUGAAGGAAAACCUCUUGGGAAAUCAGGAUUGCGGUGGCUGAAGAUACAUAUAGCAAACUUAUAUGCUGGUGGUGUUGAUAAGUUUGCUUAUGAGGACCGGGUUGCGUUUACUGAGAGUCAUUUAGAAGAUAUAUUUGAUUCUUCUGAUAGGCCUCUUGAAGGAAAAAGAUGGUGGCUUAAUGCAGAGGAUCCCUUUCAAUGUUUGGCUGCUUGCAUUAGCCUUUCAGAAGCCUUGAGAAGCCCCGUUCCUGAAGCAGCUAUAUCUCAUAUCCCCAUCCACCAGGAUGGUUCAUGUAAUGGUUUACAACACUAUGCUGCUCUUGGGAGGGAUAAGUUGGGUGCAGCUGCUGUCAACCUUGUUGCAGGUGAAAAGCCGGCAGAUGUUUAUGCAGGAAUUGCUUCUUGGGUUCUCGAGAUCAUGCGGCAAGAUGCAGAGAAAGAUCCUGAAACAUUUCCAAAUGCUACAUAUGCCAAACUCAUGCUCGAACAGGUUGACAGGAAGCUGGUAAAACAGACUGUCAUGACCUCUGUGUAUGGUGUUACUUAUAGUGGCGCGCGUGACCAAAUGAAGAAGAGGUUAAAAGAACGUGGUGCCUUUGCAGACGAUUCACAGACUUUUCAUGCAGCAUGUUAUGCAGCAAGAAUCACUUUGAACGCAUUGGAAGAGAUGUUUGACGCUGCUAGAGCCAUCAAGAGUUGGUUUGGUGAAUGUGCAAAGAUAAUAGCUUCAGAAAACAAAGCAGUUUGCUGGACGACUCCUCUUGGACUUCCAGUUGUACAACCCUAUCGGAAGCCUGGAAGACACUUGGUUAAGACUACCCUUCAGGUGUUGACUCUACAUCGAGAGACUGAAAAGGUCCAGGCGAGGAAACAGAUGACAGCUUUCUCACCAAAUUUUAUACAUUCUCUUGAUGGGUCUCACAUGAUGAUGACAGCAGUUGCCUGCAAUAAGGCGGGUUUGAGUUUUGCAGGGGUGCAUGACUCAUUCUGGACGCAUGCCAGUGAUGUUGAUAUAAUGAACAAAAUACUCAGAGAGAAAUUUGUCGAGCUCUACGAAAAGCCAAUCUUAGAAAACUUGUUGGAGAGUUUCCAGAAAUCCUUCCCAGGCCUAACUUUUCCGCCAUUACCAGAACGAGGCGACUUUGAUCUAAGGGAGGUCCUACGGUCGCCAUACUUCUUCAACUAA